UCCAGUUCAUUCCUGUCACCACCACCUCCGCUGCUCUAGAGGGUUGAUGAAAAGCUCCAGUAUUAUUUGAAAAUGGACCAAGCUAACGGAGCCAACCCGCCUCCAUACAACUUCCAGGACUACGGGCAGAGUAAUUAUGCAGGCAUGAGCUAUCAGGUUGGCAAAGGAAACAUCUCCGUGGUGUCUGCUCCUUAUGAUAACACAGCCCAUCCAGAGGGCCAAACAUCUAUGGCAGUAGACUUCAGCCCCCCUCCUGACUACUCCUAUGGUGAGGAGGAAAGCAGCUUCAGCGACAGCAACAUACGACGAGGAUUCAUUAAGAAAGUCUACCUGAUCUUAAUGCUGCAGCUGCUGGUGACUGUGGGCAUAAUCUGUGCUUUUCUUUAUUGGUCAGAGCUGAGGGACUGGACAUGGCACAACAGCUGGUUUUCUUACACCAUGAUGGCGGUGGUCCUGGUGCUUGUGGUGGCCUUGUCUUGCUGUGACAACCUGCGCCGUCAAGUCCCUCUCAAUUUCAUCGCCCUGGGCUUGUUUACAGUGGCGGAGGGCCUGAUGCUGGGGUCUGUGGCUGCGUUUUAUGAUGCCGAGGCUGUCCUGUGGGCCAUGCUGGCCACUGCACUGGUGUCCUUGGCCUUAAGUCUGUUUGCCUUCCAGUCAAAGUGGGACUUCACCAUGCUAAAUGGGAGCCUGUGGGUAUUAUUGUGGACCCUCUUUUCAUUCGGUUUGCUUUGUGCAAUUCUCCGAUCACAGUAUGUUUAUAUUGCCUAUGCCUGCCUGGGGACCUUGGUGUUUUCUUUGUAUUUGGUGUUUGACACUCAGCUGAUCAUUGGUGGGAAACACAGGAAUGCCGUAUCCCCAGAGGAGUAUGUCUUUGCCGCUCUCAAUCUGUAUCUAGACAUCGUGUCCCUGUUCCUGCUUCUGCUGCAGCUCAUCGGCCUCUGUCGCUGA